AUGGAGGAGGGUGCAGAGGAUGACCCAAAGCCGACCCCUACCAGCUCAGAGGAUACGAUAUCCGAGCCACCGAGUAUCCCAACAGAUUCUUAUGAAGCUCAAGUCAAUGUGGUGAAUAGACACAACGGAAGGAAGCACCAUGGACAUAACAAGAAGCGAGGUGCUAGAGCUCCCGACUACAAGACGACUUCCGUAGAUGGUUCUAACAUGAACGAAGAGUCUACCCAAGAGCCUCGCCCGACUUCUUCUCCAGAUUGGGUCGUUUGGCCCACUUCCUUCCACGUCUCCUCUACGUCGGUUCAUUUUCUUCUGCGCUAUUGUCCAGCGCAAAGAAUCUUUGAAGAACACCUGAAUUUGGACAUUCUCACUGGUAAUGUCAAUUCUGAAGAUCAUCUGUCGACGUGCCGUCACGCGGAAUUUUGCAACCAAACUCCUUUUAUCGAACUGAUGGGCUCAAUAUAUCCAAAAUCUGGUGACCAGGUCUUGCCUUUCAUCCAACACGCCCUCUACUGGCCGCUUCCCUCCAUAAUGGUAGCGUACAGCUAUGGAACUAUCAAAUGGGCACAUUGGUUGAUCGAUUUGAUGAGCAUGAUG